AUGCAAUGUUUCAAAAAUGCCCGUCGGAAAAUUUUCAAUGCCACCACACUUAAAACCGAAAUCCCCCAUGAUGCUACACGGAAGUCCGUGAACGAUAUACAAACUGUGAUAAUUGGAGCUGGGUUAGCGGGCCUAUCGGCCGCAAAUCAUCUCAUUAAGAAUGGCUUUAAGCGUACCAUAGUCCUGGAGGCCACCGAUCGUUAUGGUGGCCGUAUUAAUUCGCAACAUUUUGGUGAUGCCUUCUGUGAGCUGGGGGCGAAGUGGAUAACAAUUGACGCCUCCCAUAAUAGUGUUUAUGAAUUGUUGCAGCAGCGAUCCGGGUUAACCAAGAAAAUUCAACAGAAAGAGGAGACUCUCUACAUUAAUACCAAAGGCAAUAAAAUUAAUCGGCAUCUACCGGAAAUGGUGGAUAUCUUUUUUAAGAAGCUGUGUGCAGGAGUGGAGUUGAAGAAUCGUUAUGCCAAGGGCAAUUUACAUGAGUUGGAUAAUGUCUAUAGCUAUUUCCAGGCGGAAAGUACGAAGCUCAUUAAUUCGAUGUUCAAAGAAAAGGAACGCCAUCUGGUGGCGGAUAUUUUCAAUGCUUUGAUGAAGGAUUUCGGUGGCAAAUUGGGUUGCAAUCUGGAGUAUUUAAAUAUUGAACAGUUGAUUAAAUUUAAAAAUCAAUUUGCCUAUCCGAUUUACAUACCCACCGGAAUGAAUAGCAUACUGGAAGAUGUCAUCGUGGAUAUUGAUAGUGAAAACCUGCUGAUAGGCCGGCCAGUGGGGGAGAUUAAAUGGUUAAGUGGUCCCAUGGAUAGAGGGGAGGCCAAGAAAGCGGUCAAUUGCCUGGAUGGUUCGGCAAUCAAUGCAGAUCACAUUAUCUGCACCGUACCCCUAGGGGUGUUGAAAACAUUUGCCGGAGUGAUGUUUAAACCCCCUCUGCCGGCUGAAAAACUAAAUGCCAUUAAAAAUUUAGGUUUCGGCAGUCCGGUGAAAAUUUAUUUCGAAUAUAAAAACCCAUUACCCUCAUGGUUUGUGGCGAAUCUGCGACCCCUGUGGUCGUCAGAGGAACAUUUGCAGGAUCGCCAUUGGACCAAACAGGUGGUGGAAAUUGCAAAGGCACCCAGCAGCAAUCAUGUUUUGGAAAUUGCCAUCGGCGGGGCGUACUAUGAUGAAAUUGAAAAAUUACCCGACACUGAGGUCAUCGAUGAAAUAACCAAACUGCUAAGGCUGUGUUUAAAAAAUCCAAAGAUUCCCUAUCCCGAGGAAGUGUUGAGGUCAAAUUGGAGCAGUAGUGCUUGCUAUUUAGGUGGACGACCCUAUUUCUCUACCAACAGUAGUGCUCAGGAUAUUCAGACGCUAUCACAGCCAUUGGGUAUGACAGCGCCAAGUUUACUUUUUGCCGGGGAUGCUACAAUUCUGAAUGGGUUUGGUACGGUGGAUGGGGCCCGGAUGAGUGGUAUACGAGAGGCUCAACGUAUUAUCGAUUACUAUAAGAAGUAG